AUGAAGUUCGGGAAGCAGAUUCAAGCUCAACAAGUUCCAGGAUGGUCGAACUACUACCUGGAUUAUAAGUUCCUCAAAAAGAUAAUUUCCUCGCUCGCUGCCAAUCGCCCCGCAUCCGAGGCAGCGGCGUUGGCAUUGGGGACUACGCGUCGAAGUCCUGCGGUCUCGCCCGCUGGAAGCCCAGGACAACCGCCAUUUUUCUCAGCGUCGGGACAUGACUUGGAUAGGGGUCCCGACUUUCGCGCGCACAAGGCAGCUUUCUUCUUCAAACUUGAACGAGAGCUGGAAAAGAUCAAUGCCUUCUACCUACAAAAAGAGGCGGAGUUGACACUGAGGAUGGAGACCUUACUCUCGAAACGAAGGGCGGCUGCCAUGAGAGGUAUUCCUGAUAUGAGCGACACGACACAGAACCAUGUCGAGUGGAGUGCUGUGGAAGAAGGGUUCCGCUUGCUUGAGCGGGAUUUGGGCAAAUUGCAGGCAUGCAUGUUCCAUAUCUUGCUGAUACUCGCUCUCAUAAAAAUCCUGAAGAAGUUCGACAAACGUUCGACUUCGACAACCAAAGAGUUGUAUUUAGCACGUCAGGUGGAUGUACAGCCCGUAUUCAACAGACAACUCAUCUCCGAACUCGCUGAUACCGUGGCAACUUGCUUGCUCAACAUUACGGAUCUGUCUUCGGGACUUAAAUUCGAAGGACCUGCCGCGAACGACAUCUUUACUCAACAAAUCAUGACUGAAAUCACCCCGCCUCCUGGACCAUUCCGUGACCUGGAAAGUAAUUUCUACAAGGCUCUUGCCGCGUCUGAUUCGAGCGCCCUGGUGGAUUGCGUUCAUUACUCAGACAUCAUUGCUCAGCAGGCCGGGAGCAAGGCGAACGUCACUCGUAUUCUGUGGAAAGUCAUUAUCGACGCACCUCCCGACAUGGCCGACCUUAUCCUGGCGACAUUGACCAUACCAUUCGACUAUCAAUUUAUUGACGACAUCAACGGUCGAACGUGCUUGCACGCUGCAGCGAUAGCCGGAGCUAGACGGAUGGUGACACUAUGCAUUCAGAACGCCGUUGCAGUGGACAAAGGGGAUGUCUACGGCCGUACAGCCCUUCAUUACGCGGCCAUGAAUGGACAUUCGGUCGUUUGUGAACAACUCUUGGACGCGAGCGCUUCGCCAAACAUCCUUGAUCGGGACAACUACAGUCCUCUCGUAUAUGCGACCCUGAAGGGCGAUGUUUCGUCAAUUCGCUUCUUGUUCGAGAAAGGUAAGGUACCGGCCCAGCCUUCGACAACGUCAGGCGAUUUGAGCCCGUUGUCUCUCGCUGCGCAAGCAGGGCAUGAAGAGGUCUUGAUCCUUCUUUUGGAAAAUGGCGCCACAUCGCUAGCCAAUACGAACGGCGAAUACCCAAUACAUCUGGCAGCUCGGCAGGGACAUGCGGCCAUCUGUCAACGAUUGCUUCAUCUGGAAGGAUGGGACACCGCUGACAAGUAUCACGAAUGGACUCCAUUAUUCCACGCCUCGCGUUAUGGCCAUUCCGAUUGCGUGAACAUACUCAUCGAAGGAGGCUGUCGAGUGUCUAUUAGAGAUGAACUUGGGCAUACUGCUUCUCAUUAUGCAGCAUGGUACGGACAUCACGAGUGUCUGGAGCCUCUCUUGGAAGCGAUGCGGGAUCUCCCAACGCCAAUUAGCUUCCAACCCAGCAUCGGUAGGUCGCCAAUGUCAGACAUAGACCCAUCUCCUGGCGACUUCGAGAUCGACCAAAUUCCAUCGCUCUCUCUACCUCCCCCGAUAAUGCCUCAUCGUGUCUAUGGUCACAAUUAUCUCGUCAACACGCAUCUCGUGCAGAUUCUAAUAGGACACUCUACAAAGAAGACCAAAGAAAAUAGCGGUGUGCGUAUUCACCAUCGUCUGAUCAGUCCAUUUUUCAAGGACGAGUAUCUGAUUGCCGCUACUCCUUUGAAACUCGUCAUGACGGCCGGCCCGCACAUUAAUUCUGCCCCGUAUACGAUAUCCCUUCCACAAAGAGCGGACGAAGGAAAUUUCGCUUUCCAGGUACCGUCUCUCGCAGACUUACAGCUCGAAUUUUCUGUCUAUCCGAACUUCGGGACAAAGACCAUCGGGCGAGCGGUAGCUCUGCCUUCGACUUUUCAUGGUAUCGAAAACAACCAGUCCAUCACUCUACCCAUCCUCGACAAUAGGUUGCAUGUCAUUGGAGAAGUCGACUUCGAAGUCAUCAUCACUACAUCCUUCAAAGGCGUCACCCUCGAAAUUGGAGGCGAUCUAGAGACGUACUGGAAGUCCACCGCCGUAGCCGCUGCUCCUCCCAUCAACUUACUCCCAUCUCGCACACCACGCCGCUCCAGCCAUAUUGGUUCUGUCCAAGCCUCACCUAUAUACGGUCCAAGUAAUGGAGGCGGUCAAACGCUGACAAUCUCGUCUUUGCAAGGAGAAUACGUUUAUAUCAUUGUCCAGGUAACCAGGGACCUUCAUCCGGUGGUAUUUUUUGACUGGCAUCUCCCGAAUAUCGACUUCGAUCUCGGCGUCUCGGGCGUCACCUUGGCCCAGUUCGGGGCAUUGGCAAAAUCGGUAGGCAAGGAUGUCCUUGGUUCAGGCGAAAGAUCGUCAGCGGAUUGGGCAAAAUAUCUACCUGGAGCAAUGAUAUCUUUGGAUCGUCUCUUGAAGGUUCUGCCCCUGGGUGUCAAAGUGUUGUUUGACCUUGCAUACCCAGCAGAAGGCACGCGACACGACUUGACGCUCAGUCGUCUCGAUUUGAACAAUUUCGUCGACUCCGUUCUGCAGACGAUCUUCGAUGUUUCCGACCUGCUCGAUACUCCGGUCAUACGGAGAAAGAUCAUAUUUACAUCAUUUUCUCCUGAUGUUUGUUUAGCACUAAACUGGAAACAACCAAACUCCAGUGGUUCUGGUAAAGACGACAAGCGUGGGUCGAGCGUCGGUGCUGCUGUGGAUUUUGCCAAGGCAAAUAACCUUCUUGGCAUCUUCGUCAACUCGGAGCUUUUGCUCCAGGUGCCAUCACUGGUACACGGCAUUCGCAGUGCAGAACUCCUUGUUGGAGUUUACGGGACAUCUGAGGGUUUAUCGGCUCUUAACGCGGGUCCUGCACUGGGGAACGAUGCUGCCACCGUCGACGCAGCCAUCGUCGGUGGUGUAGUAUCUUUUGCCGAUCGUUCCACGCGGGAAUUGGUGUGA